CUAAAAUCUACGGAAUAGAAGAAAACCGAAGCGGAAUCAAAAAGCUCAGAAAUUUUCCAGAUUUCUCUUUGGCGUGACGAUGGCGCUUCGUGCUUCUCAAGGGACUAGCCGUAUCGUGACGGCUUUCCGACGUGUCGCUCGGCCUUUCUCUACUGACGCGGUGGUUGAAUCGGAUUACAAGCGUGGUGAGAUCGGUAAAGUCUCCGGAAUCCCUGAAGAGCAUCUUUCUCGGAAGGUGAUAAUAUACUCACCUGCUAGAACAGCUACCCAGCAAGGAUCUGGAAAACUUGGAAAAUGGAAGAUUAACUUCGUCUCCACCCUAAAGUGGGAGAAUCCAUUGAUGGGAUGGACUUCUACUGGUGACCCCUAUGCUAAUGUUGGGGACUCUGCCCUUGCUUUUGAUUCUGAAGAAGCUGCUAAAUCAUUUGCUGAGCGUCAUGGUUGGGAUUAUAAGGUGAAGAAGCCCAAAACGCCUUUAUUGAAGGCCAAGUCUUACUCGGACAACUUCAAGUGGAAAGGCAAACCUCAACCAGAAAACUGAUCUUACACCUCGAGCAUAAGGAGAAACCUCAUUUGAUCAUGUUUUUUUUGUUAAUUAGCAUCUGUGAGCUUUGGUUUGAAAGAAUCAUUAUCCAUGGUUGGAUUCUUUUUAAUGUUUCCUUAUUACAAUAAUAUGAUGAUGAUGAUGAAACACACUCCUUUGAUCAUCAAGUUUUCUGAUCA